AUGUCUUUGAAUGCUACUGAGUUGGCCGAGUUGGGAACCAUUUUAUUAUUUCAUACCAGUCAUAUCAUCGGAAUUUUGCCCGAGAUGGUUAUUUAUGGCAUAUAUACUACACUCUUUACUAUUUCAACCUACAUCAUGGUUCAACAAGGGCUUGAUAGCUUCUCACGCAAACUUCUUCUCGGACUGACGACGUUCAUGUAUACUAUCACUACCCUAUAUAUGGCAGCCUCGAUAGCCAACAUAAUCCAACUAAUACAGACCUUAUUCUUUGGCUUUUCGACACACAACAUAAUCAAUAACUUCCCACUAUUCAAUGCGAUCCUUCUCGUUAACUACGGUCUUGCAGACGGUGUAGUAGUAUGGCGUGCAUGGGCACUUUGUCGGAGUGACCAUCGUAUCGCAAUAGAUGCUUGCGUUUUCUUCCUCUGUUGUGUGUUCCUGAGCGAGAUAAGCACGAUCGUUAUCAGGAUUAUAUUAGGUUGCACUUCACCCUCGAACCAGAGUGCCCUUGCCUCCCUCGAACGAGCUAUCAACAUAACACAAGUCUCGAAUCUGGGUUUGUCAUUAAUAACAAACCUGAUAGCCACAGGGACCGUUUCAUCUAAAGCUUGGUGUCUUCGGAAGAUGUUCGUAUCGGGAUCGCGGCCACAUAAGGCCGGAAAAGUUCUGGUACUCAUUGUGGAAUCUGGGAUCAUCUAUUCCAUUUCGCUAAUGGCUAUCCUCGUCGCAACAGUCAUUCCAUUACCACUAGGAACGCUGGGAGAAUUGUGCGCUCCUGUGAAUCUCCAAUUUGCUGGAAUAUACCCAUUGAUCGUGCUUAUCGUCCUCAACAAAAGUCGAACAUUAGAUAGUGCUGUAACUGUCUUUCACAAUGAUCACACUGAUCGGCCUGUAGCUAGUUUCACAACUGUAGUGGAUACAGAGUCAUGGGGAUCAGACACUGUGGUCACCGAGUUGGGAUUAGCUUUGACCAGGAAUGUAUCCUUGGUAGAUAGAUAG